UAGAUUUCAUGGCAAAAAAUUAAAAAGUUGUCCACAAAAAAAUGGAGUGUUUGAAACUCUUCCACUUCACCCCGCUGCUAGCUCCAACUUCUGAACCCUAUUUCAUUUUUCCGAAGACCAAGACCAAGACAAAGAAGAAGAAACUGAAUCCCAUUCACUCCUCGAAUGUCCAUCGCGACCCAUGGUCCCCCAGACAAGGCGACCCCACGAAACCGAAGCCACGGUUCAAGAACCCGAAGAACCCUCUCUCCGAUGACAACGCUCGCCGCAUCAUCAAGGCAAAGGCUCAGUACCUCAGCGUUCUUCGGAGGAACCAGGGCCCACAGGCACAGACCCCUCGCUGGAUCAAGAGAACACCCGAACAGAUGGUUCAGUACUUGCAUGAUGACCGCAACGGCCAAAUGUACGGAAAACACGUGGUGGCUGCAAUCAAGAAGGUGCGUGCUCUCUCACAGAAGCAUGAUGGUGAUUAUGACAUGAGAAUGGUCAUGGCUUCCUUUGUUGGCAAGCUCAGCUUCAAGGAAAUGUGUGUUGUCCUCAAGGAACAAAAAGGGUGGAGGCAAGUCAGAGACUUUUUUGAUUGGAUGAAAUUGCAGCUAUGCUACCGUCCAAGUGUUAUUGUGUACACCAUAGUGUUGCGGCUGUAUGGGCAAGUUGGGAAAUUGAAACUGGCUGAAGAGAUAUUCUUGGAGAUGCUUGAUACAGGGUGUGAGCCAGAUGAAGUUGCUUGUGGUACCAUGCUUUGUUCAUAUGCCAGAUGGGGACGCCAUAAGUCUAUGUUGUCUUUUUAUUCGGCUGUGAAAGAGAGGGGGAUGAUGCUCUCUGUUUCUGUCUUCAACUUUAUGUUGUCUUCUUUGCAAAAGAAAUCGCUCCAUGGAGAGGUUGUACAGGUGUGGAGGGAUAUGGUUGGAAAAGGGGUGAUGCCUAAUGAAUUUACGUAUGCGGUUGUGAUCAGCUCGCUUGUCAAAGAAGGGCUGCAUGAGGAUGCAUUCAAGACUUUUGAUGAGAUGAAGAAUAAUGGACUUGUCCCUGAGGAGAUAACUUAUAGCCUGCUUAUAAAUUUACUUGUUAAAAAUGGCAACAGAGAUGAAGUGCAAAGACUUUAUGAGGAUAUGAGGUUUCUGGGAAUAAUUCCUAGUAAUUAUACUUGUGCUUCACUUAUAUCUUUGUAUUAUAGAUUUGAGGACUACCCUAGAGCCCUCUCCCUCUUUUCAGAAAUGGUAAGCAGCAAAAUUCCAGCGGAUGAAGUUAUAUACGGUUUGCUGAUAAGAAUUUAUGGAAAGCUUGGUUUAUAUGAGGAUGCUCAGAAAACAUUUGAAGAUACAAAGCAGCUGGGCCUACUCACCAAUGAGAAAACAUAUUUGUCAAUGGCACAAGUCCAUCUUACUUCAGGAAAUGUAGACAAAGCCUUGGAAGUUAUUGAACUCAUGAAGUGUAGCAAUCUAUGGUUCUCUAGAUUCGCAUAUAUUGUACUGCUGCAGUGUUAUGUUAUGAAAGAAGAUGUAGUAUCUGCUGAAGGAACAUAUUUAGCUCUCUGCAAGACAGGAGCACCUGAUGCUGGUUGUUGUAAUGAUAUGCUCAAUCUGUAUCUGGGGCUCAAUUUGAUGAAAAAGGCCAAGGAGUUCAUUAUCCGAAUAAGGGAGGAUAAUAUACAUUUUGAUGAGGAGCUUUAUAGGACAGUUAUGAAGGUUUAUUGUGAGGAGGGAAUGUUGCUAGAAGCUGAGCAGUUGACAAAUCAGAUGGUUAAGAAUGAAACUUUUAUAAAUUAUAAAUUCUUCCAGACAUUUUAUUGGAUUCUUUGUGAACAUAGGGGGGAUACACAAUCUGAUAAUAAACUUGUGGCCAUUGAGCCCAUUGACAAACUAGACAUUAGAGCUCUUGGGCUGAUGCUUAGUAUAUAUCUGACUAAUGGCAACUUAAGCAAGACAAAUAUAAUACUGAAGCUUUUGCUGGGUUGUUCUGGGGGAUCAAAUAUUGUUAGGCAGCUUGUCAUCAGCUUGGCUAAAAAUGGAGAAAUAAGUAAAGCAGAAACUCUCAGCCAUCAAUUAAUUAAGCUUGGCUGCAGAAUGGAAGAAGCUACUGUGGCUUCUUUAAUUAGCCAUUAUGGCAAGCAACACAUGUUGAAACAAGCUGAAGAUAUCUUUGCAGAAUAUGCAGAUUCCCCUACAUCUAGUAAACUACUGUAUAACUCUAUGAUGGAUGCAUAUGCCAAAUGUGGUGAACAAGAGAAAGUAUAUCUGCUAUACAAGCAAGUAACAGAUGAAGGACGUGAUUUGGGUGCUGUUGGUAUUAGCAUUGUUGUAAAUGCUUUGAGCAAUGGAGGAAAACACCAGGAGGCCGAGAAUAUUAUCUGCAGGAGUCUUGAAAAAAACUUGGAGCUUGAUACUGUGGCUUACAACACCUUUAUCAAAGCAAUGCUUGAAGCAGGCAAAUUGCAUUUUGCAUCCAGUAUUUACGAGCGCAUGUGUUCUUCUGGUGUUGCUCCGUCAAUUCAAACAUUUAACACCAUGAUAAGUGUCUAUGGAAAAGAUAAAAAGUUGGAUAGAGCUGAGGAGAUGUUCAACAAAGCUCGCACAUUGGAUGUACCUUUGGAUGAAAAAACAUGCAUGAAUUUGAUUGGCUAUUAUGGGAAAGCAGGUAUGAUGCAUGAAGCUUCGCAGUUGUUCUGUAAAAUGCAGGAAGAAGGCAUAAAACCUGGAAAGGUCAGCUACAAUAUUAUGAUCAAUGUAUAUGGUAAUGCUGGAGUUCAUCAUGAAGCAGAGAAACUUUUCCAUGCCAUGCAAAGACAAGGUUGUCUGCCUGACUCUUUCACAUAUCUUUCCCUUGUCCAAGCAUAUACGGAGAGCCGGAAUUACCCUAAAGCUGAGGAGACCAUACAUGCCAUGCAGAGCAAAGGCAUUCCACCAUCUUGUGCCCAUUUUAAUAUUUUACUCUCAGCAUUUGCAAAAGUAGGGCUGAUUGAUGAAGCCAAGAGGGUUUAUGAGGAGCUAUCGAAGUUUGGUUUAAUUCCUGAUCUCAUAUGUCACCGAACAAUGCUGAAAGGUUACCUCAAAUAUGGAUGCGUGGAAGAAGGAAUCAACUUCUUCGAAAGCAUAUGCAAGUCAACAAAAGAAGACAUGUUCAUCAUGAGUGCAGCUGUGCAUUUUUACAAAUCUGCGGGGAAGGAAAGCAAAGCUAAAGAAAUAUUGAGUUCAAUGAACAACAUGAGGAUCCCAUUCCUUAGGAAUCUUGAAGUUGGAUCAGGGGAGAGAGUGCAAAUUCCUUGAGAUAUAAACUACUUGGGAAAUACUCAUUUGCUUGAGAAACAAUGUGAUGACGGAAAAGCGUUGGUUAUGAUCAACCUUGUAAUGGUGAUGGUGGAAGCCUGAUGAUGGCUGCAUAUAUGUUUUCUGACCCUUGGUUCAAGAAUGUUCUUUUGUCGGUGAUGAUGAGGACCUGAUCCACCUUUGCUGCAGUGUAUAACAGUCAAUUAAGUUGGAUAUGACAAAAAAUCUCUAUUCUUGUUCCACCUACUAAAGGAAAGCGAACCAAGUACAACAUUUGCAACUAUCAAAGGACCUGGCAUACUGAUAGCAUGACUGCACUGUAUUGUGAAGGUAUUUAUGGUGACAACGUUAUGAGUUCAUGACUGACUGGCCCCAGCUUUUGUUUUCACAAUCUGGCCGGGCUGAACCGAAAAAGGUACAAGACUACUCCCAAUACUGGAAGCUUAAUAUUUUGGUUUACAUGAUGUAAAGAAUUGUAUAUGAAUUUAACUUCAGGAAUGAAAUUUAUUCUUUCUCUAAAUUGGGUGGGCAUUGCGGAUGUAGCAUAAAAACUGAGAUCUCAGUGACACAGACUUUAUAUUCUACACGGGGAUCUGAUA